AACUGCAGCACAAGGCUGGUAGCUUGCGGGUUGACCUGCAGGUGCUGCUUGACCCGUCUGCGAGGUGUAAAGUACCCGGAGGCUGCAGAGGGACAGCGAGCAGCACACCUGACAGCUCCCAUCCCUUACACUGUUGCUGAGGAUUUCUUUAAGGAAGGCAGUGCCAUCGGAAGUGAUGAUAUCAUAGCAGGGAACGUGAGCAAGUACAUUGUUCUCCCAGCUGGUUACUGCGGACAGCCCAAAAAAGGACAUCUUAUAUUUGAUGCCUGUUUUGAAAGUGGGAACCUUGGGCGGGUGGACCACGUCACAGAGUUUGAGUAUGAUCUCUUCAUUAGGCCAGACACCUGCAACCCACGCUUCCGAGUCUGGUUCAACUUCACCGUGGAAAACGUGAAGGAAUCUCAGAGAGUAAUUUUCAAUGUUGUCAACUUCAGUAAAACAAAAAGCCUCUACAGAGAUGGGAUGGCUCCAAUGGUGAAAUCCACAAGCCGACCAAAAUGGCAAAGAAUCCCCUCCAAAAAUGUGUAUUACUACCGCUGCCCAGACCACAGGAAGAACUAUGUCAUGUCCUUUGCUUUUUGCUUCGACCGAGAGGACGACACCUACCAGUUUGCCUACUGCUACCCCUACACCUACACUCGCCUUCAGCACUACCUGGACAACCUCCAGAGGAGGAACAUGGACUACUUCUGCAGGGAAUUGCUGGGGCUCAGCGUGCAGAAACGGCGGCUUGACCUCCUGACAAUAACCAGCCCCGCAAACCUGCGUCCAGGGGCUGAACAGAAAGUGGUGUUCAUCACAGCACGGGUCCAUCCUGGGGAAACACCCUCUUCCUUCGUCUGCCAAGGUAUAAUUGAUUUCCUCGUGAGCCACCAUCCAAUUGCAAAAGUACUGAGAGACCACCUGGUAUUCAAGAUUGCCCCCAUGCUCAAUCCUGAUGGAGUUUACCUAGGAAAUUACAGGUGCUCCCUGAUGGGGUUUGAUCUGAACCGGCACUGGGCAAAUCCCUCUCCGUGGGCUCAUCCCACCCUGCACGGAGUGAAGGAGCUCAUCAUUGACAUGUACAACAACCCGAAGAUUAACCUGGAGUUCUAUAUCGACAUCCAUGCCCACUCCACCAUGAUGAAUGGCUUCAUGUAUGGGAACAUCUUUGAAGAUGAGGAAAGAUUUCAGCGACAGGCUGUUUUUCCCAAACUACUCUGUCAGAAUGCCGAAGACUUCUCUUAUUCCAGCACGUCGUUCAACAGGGAUGCUGUGAAAGCUGGGACAGGCCGGCGCUUCCUUGGCGGGCUCUUAAACGACACAUCCUACUGCUACACUCUGGAGGUCUCCUUCUACAGCUACAUUUUGGGUGGAACUGCUCCUGCUGUGCCCUACACUGAGGAAGCCUAUAUGAAGCUUGGAAGAAAUGUGGCCAGGACAUUCUUGGAUUACUACAGGCUGAACUCCUUGGUGGAGGGACCAUUAGCACCUACUCCUAAAACUCGGAAGGACAACGUGCCACUCUAUAAAUGCACUGCCCAGCGGGGCCCCGGGAACAGCCACGCUGCAGGCAAACCCGAGAAGAGGAGCCAGGCACACCUGAAGGACUCAUCUCUUUCCACUCGCUGA